AUGGACGGUGCGACCACGGGGUACAUCGCGGUGGCCAAAGGAGAUGCUGAUCACAUCGAGGUGGACGGCUAUCGGCCAAAGGUACGGGACCACGUGCCCAUCGCGUUCUCCCCGACGGCCGCUGCACGGGCCCGGUUCCGGAACCACCCGGAGGAGGAGGAGAUGAUCGUUUUGGAGGUCCACUCCGUGGAGGAGAAACUCGUGGAUCGUGAACUCGGACGCCUCAACUGCACACAGCUUGCCAGCCGCCAUUUGCGGUCUGGCAUGGUCUUUGAGCGGAAGCCCGUGGACUACGAGGACGUGCCAUGCCACCUUUGCGGUGGAGAGAUCCCACCCAGCGAGCGGGGCAAGGUGGGCCGGUGGCACUUUUGGAAGGGCGCCUUCCUGGUGAUUCCCUGCGCAAACCUGGAGUGUCGUGAGAGGCAAAAGGAAAGGCAAGAAUGGCUGGAUGCCACGCCGCCACAGACCUUGUACCACCAGACGGACCCCGAAUCCGCCAAGAAGAUUUUGGGUAGCGGGAAGAUGAUCCGUGGCAGGUGUGGCGUGGUUGGAGGUGGCAUCUACUUCGCCGAGACGCCACGGGAGACCGAAUGGAAGGCCGAGUCGAAGGGCAUCGUCCUCGAGUGCCAGGUGAAGACCGGGAGACACCUGCUGUUGGAUCGAAGCAAGGAAGAUCCGUCCUUGACCUUUGCGGAUUUGCUGCGAAGGGGCCAUGACUCCGUCUUGAUGGACCGGGGCGUUUGUAUGAAAGGACCCCAUAAAGGGAAGAAGGCGGGGAAUGAAUGGAUCGUGUACAGCUGGGAUCAAGUGCAGGUUCUCAAAGAGGUCCCACGAGACCCUGUGCCCUAG